UCAUCCACAAACAUUGCACCCGCACCCCAGAGUCUCACCUUUCUGAAAAUUAGUAUCAACUAACUUGCACAGUUGCCUGCCACCAUCUCACCACCACCUGCUCACCCGCCACAGCCACAGCCACAGCCACAGCCACAGCAAUGCCAAGAUAAACACCAAAAGUAGAAAAUUAAUUACCAAACAAAAAUGUCUCCUCUCCAAAAACCACCGGUUGCCAAUGAUCUCAAGCACCGUGUCAUAAUCUGUCUCAACAAGCUCUCCGACCGUGACACUGUCUCCGUUGCCACCACAGAGCUCGAGUCUAUAGCUAAAAACUUGUCUACUCCCGACUCCUUCUCACAUUUCCUAAACUGUAUUCACAAUACCGAUUCCUCCUCUAAAUCUCCUGUCCGAAAACAAUGCGUCUCUCUUUUAACUCUCCUUUCUCGCUCCCAUGGCAACUCCCUCUCACCCCACCUCUCCAAAAUGAUAUCCACCAUCACUCGCCGCCUCCGCGACCCCGACUCUGCCGUCCGCUCUGCCUGCGUCGAAGCCACCUUCGCCAUGUCUUCCCAGAUCACGGACCCCCCCUUCUCAACUCUCUCCAAGCCUCUUAUUGACCUGCUGACUAUUGACCAGGAUCUCAACGCUCAGAUCGGGGCAGCCUUGUGUUUGGCGGCGGCCAUUGAGGCAGCGCCAGAGCCAGAGGUAGAGCAGUUGAGGAAGGUGCUGCCGAGGCUUGGAAAGCUGGUUAAAGGAGAGGGGUUUAAAGCUAAGGCGGCUUUGUUGAGUGUGAUUAGGAGUAUUGUUGGCGUUGGUGGGGCGUCAAGUAAGGGGAUUUUGGAUUGGUUAGUGCCGUGUUUGGUAGAGUUUUUGUGUAGUGAAGAUUGGGCCGCCAGAAAAGCCGCUGCUGAGGCCUUAGGGAAGGUGGCAUCAAUAGAGAAGAAGUUGGCGAAGGAACAUAAAGCUACCUGUUUGACUUCUCUAGAGACCAGGAGGUUUGAUAAGGUGAAGGUGGUCAGGGAGACUAUGAAUCGUACAUUGGAGUUGUGGAAGGAAGUACCAGGCAUUUCUCAGGAAAGUUCAGUUCCAUCUCAAUCUACAUGUUCUUCUAUAGAUAAUGUUGUUGGUAUAUGCAUCUCCUCUGCCUCCAAAAAUUCUAAAGACGUUGGUUUCAGAACUCCUUUAUCUAAGAAAACAGUCCCUGCAAUUAGGUUCCCUCCUUCCGAUGCUUCAUCCGUGACAGCUUCCAAAAAACAAAGCCCCGCAAAGAGCAAUGACCACAAUUCAAAGACAGGAAUGUUACAUAAGCUGGGCCAUGAUAGACACUCUGCUUGGAAAAUUGAAAUUGCUACACCACAAGGAAAAGUUAGCGGUGAUGAUACAAGGAAUGAUUCUGAAGUUUUGGGAUCAGGGCAGAAUGGGGAUGGAACAAGUUCUAUGCGAGAAACAAGACGUGUCCUCUUCGGUAGCAUCCGAGAUGAUAAAUGGAACAAGUUCGGUGGUUUGAAAUCUGGGUCACUCGUGGUUCCAUUUCAGGAGGAUGAAAACUGUUACAACAAAGUUGUUGAAGUGAGCAGUUCUACGGAAGAUUUUUAUGAGAACCACAAAGAUUAUGAGGAUCUGUCUUUAAUCCGUGAACAGCUUAUUCAGAUUGAAAACCAGCAUUCUAGUCUUUUAGACCUUCUCCAGGGAUACAUCGGGAGGUCCCAGGUUGGUAUAAACUCUCUCGAGACACGUGUUCAUGGCCUGGAGAUGGCAGUUAAUGAAAUUUCAUAUGAUUUGGCAGUAUCAAGUGGAAGAAUUCCUAAAACUAACCAUGCAGAGAACACAUGUUGCAAUCUUCCUGGUGCAGAAUUCUUGAGUUCGAAGUUUUGGAGAACAGAAUGCCGGUAUGUAAGCAAUGUUCCUGUUAAGAAUGCUCGCAUUGAAACAUGCAACCCAGGAAGCCAAAGAUAUCAGCAUCAGAAUAGGGGUGGAUUUGCUGUGAACACAUCGGCAGGUUUUUCCAGCAUAAAUGGGCGGAAUUCAGGAUUCUAUACAAGUCAAAUGGCAAAUAACACAAGUCGAGAUGAACCUAUGCAGCAGGUUUCCUCCUAAAUCAAAACAAGAGUAAUUCUCGACAGCAAUCCAGCCGAGAGACAAGUGCAUAAAUAUGAAAAUUCUGGAAUUCUGCCACCUUCUCACUGAUUAUACUACAGACUUUGGGAGACAAUAUCCAAAUUUCUCCAUUUAGAGGUGGCAUUUUCUUUUGAAACACGCCACCUGAGCUAGCUAGUCUGCAAUGAUUCUUAUUUAACAUGAGUUGCAUCAUUUGCUGAUAUAGAGAAGUAAUAUCUGUACAGAGAUUAGUUUUUUUUCACGCUGUGGCUGCUUUGUAUGUGAAUAAAGAAUAUUUUUGUGGGAUAA